CAGCAAACACACAUCCAUCCAUAUCAAACAUGAAAUAAAUAGAUUGGAUACAACUCAAGUGUUGGAUCCUUUUUCUUUUCACCACUUCAUAGUUUCAGUUCUGUCUCUGCUCUUUCACUUAACACUUCUAUUCACUCCUCUUACUUACACACAUACACACACUCUACUUGAACUAGUGUGUUUCUAUGGUGCCUGUUUGACUAGCUUCAUUGGUUUUUGCUUCAUUCGCGGUAUUACACAAUUGCUAUUGAUCAGUUUGGUUUGGUGGUUUUGUUCUUUCUCUUUUCGUUGUUGUACUAUGGGCAGAAACAGAGGGAAAGCUAAGAAACAGACUAUGGUAGCAACUCGUGACGAUCAUGGUAGUGGUGAGGAAGAAAAGAUACCGGCUAAGAGAAGGGGAAGGCCACUGAAGAUAGUGAAGAGUGAAACUCGGGAUAAAGAAGAGGCUGAGAAUUUUGAUGAUGGUGAGAACGUGAAUGGAGUUCUCUCUGACAAGAAUACUAACACACAAACUGGCUUGGAGAGUGGUAGAAAGAGAGGUAGAGCUUCAGAGAUCAAUGGAAAUAAUGGAACGGUGGAAGCCGAAAGUGGUGUUGAUAUUAAAAUCAGCGGUAAUGAUCCUGUAAAGCCUGUAGGGUUCAGGCAAAAUGGUAGCAGGCGGAAAAACAAACCACAGAGGGCUGCUGAAGUAGGUGUCGAGUGCAGAUAAAGUCUGGGUUAGUCAUUUGGUAAACAAAGGCUUUUGUCGUUUUCAAAAUAUUAUGUUCCCUUUCUCAUAUGUUUUUAAUUGUUGCCAAUGUGCAACUGCUAUCAGUUUUGUUUAAAAAGAUGAUUCAGUUAUGCAAUUUGGAUUACCCAGCA